UCUUGUUUCUUUGUUUGAAUUUUGAUUGUUUCUACAUUUUGGUAAAUGUGUUACUGGAUUGAAAUGUACGACCUUUUGUAAGUCUGUAAGUUCUGCUCAACCUGCUAAGGUUGAAAGUUAUCAUUAACAUGGCCUUUCACGUGCUUUCAUAAAACAAUUUUCAUUGCAUGAAAAAACCUGGAUUGUAUACUCUGAAGAUAAUCCAGUUAUUUAAUGUAGAUUUGAUAAAUACUCCGUAGUUCUCUUGUAUGGAGCCACCUUAAUCUUGGGACUUCUACGUUGUUAUCUUCCCCGCGUGGUCCCCAUCCCUUGAGACAAGGAAAAUGAGAUGGGUUUUUGGGUAAGAAAAUGAAUGGAUGUUAAAGAAACUCGUAUGUGACUGUCUGAUAAUAGGCUUAAAUUUUGCAGAAUGGUCACUGAAUAUGAAUUAACAUAACCUGGUUCUUGUUUUUGUGGUCUCUAACUUUUGUAAUAUGCUCAUUUCAGCAUUAUAUGCUAGUUGUUUAGUGGGGAACUUUGUGGAACAACUAUGGAGUUUUGCUUGGCCAGCUGCUAUUGCAAUGAUCCAUCCAAGCCUUCUUCCUGUUGCAGUCAUGAGCUUUUUUACUAAGUUAUUCUUGGAGGGCCAUUAGUUGGAAAACUUAUGGAUCAUUACCCCAGAGUACAUGCAUUUAAUUUUCUAAGCUUUAUCCAGUAUUUUAACAAAGCUCUUAAGCUAGCUCAAGGAGAUGGUCGGUUACCUCAGUUCACUCCUGCAGACGAACUGCCCUGUUACCUCAGUUUACUCCUGCAGAAGAACUGCCUUGUUGCUGCAGAAGCUCCAGUUGUUGCUGCUGCAGAAGCUCCGGUUGCUGCUGCUGCUGCUGCUGCAGAAGCUCCAGUUGCUGCUGCUGCUGCUGCUGCUGCUGCAGAGUCACCUGUAGCGGCACGCUACAAAAGCUCUUUGAUUUUUAUUUUUUAUUUUUUAUUAUUGACAUCGGAAUGGUAUUUUUUUUUUUUUUUUGUGUACCUUGUAUAGGAUUUUCUUAUUGUAUGAACAAUAGUAUUUUGUUAUUGAAGGAAAUUAUUUUUGGAAAGAUU